CAACAUUCUCGGGCUGCUCACACGCACGUUGAAGCCAGAUAUCUUGCCCAGGUGGCGCAGCCGAUCUCACGGCAGGCACCGCACCGCCGCCGCCGCCACCACCCAGCAUAGCAGCGCGGCGGCAUGGUCAAGCAGCGCUUUUCAUCCGCGGAUGUGGCGGCGGAAGUCUCCUGCCUGCAGCGCUGCUUGGGCAUGCGUGUGGCGAAUGUGUACGACAUAAACCCCAAGACGUAUGUGUUGAAGCUAGCACGCAGCGGCGAGGAUGGCGAGAAAGUUUUGCUGCUUAUCGAGAGCGGCGUGCGCUUCCACACCGUGCAGGCGAUGCCGGAGAAGGCCGACACACCGUCCAACUUCACCCUGAAGCUGCGCAAGCACAUCCGGACGCGGCGGCUGGAGGCUGUGAAGCAGCUGGGCGUGGAUCGCAUCGUGCAGCUCAGCUUCGGCAGCGGCCCUGCCUCCUGCCACCUGCUGCUGGAGUUUUAUGCGCAGGCAAGCGGCAGGCGGCAGGGGGAGUUGUGUUUCGGCACAUGCAUGCACCCGUGUGCUGGCAAUGUGAUCCUGGCUGACGACAAGUUUGAGGUGCUGACCCUGCUCCGCUCGCACAGGGACGACGCCAAGGGCGUGGCCAUCAUGGCCCGCCACCCCUACCCCAUCCAAACCAUCCGCCUGCGCCAGCCGCUGAGCGCCGAGGCGCUGGAGGCGGCACUGGCAGGGGCGGCCCCAGAGGCGACGCUCAAGGGCUGCCUGGCGGACCUGGUGCCCUACGGGCCCCUCACAGCCGAACACUGCGUGCUGCUGGCCGGCCUGGAGCCGCAGCGGCAGCCCGCCGCCGCGCCGCUGUCGGCGCUGGAGGCGGCGGCGCUGCUGGGAGGGGUGCGGCAGUGGGAGGCGUGGCUGGAUGCUUGCGAGGACAGCGCCACGCCGCCAGAGGGCUUCAUCCUCACCAAGCCAGCAGCAGCAGCAGCAGCAGCAGCAGUAGCAGCAGUAGCAGCAGCACCUCCAGCACCAGCGGCAGGCCAGGAGGAUGGCGGCGAUGGCGGCGCUCCGGCAGCGGCGGGCGUAUAUGAUGAGUUCCAGCCGCUGCUGCUGAUCCAGGGCCAGCGCAGUGCCCACCAGCAGGCGGCCAAGGAGAAGGCGGCGGUGGGCAAGCUGGAGGCGAUCCGGCGCGACCACGAGAAGCGGCUGGGCAGCCUGGGCCAGGAGGCGGAGGCGGCGGAGCUCAAGGCCGCCCUGAUUGAGUACAACCUGGAGGCGGUGGAUGCGGCGCUGAACGCGGUGCGCGAGGCGCUGGCCAGCGGCAUGGACUGGCGAGACCUGGCGCGCAUGGUGAAGGAGGAGCGGCGCGCGGGCAACCCGGUGGCGGGGCUGAUCGACUCGCUGCAGCUGGAGCGCAGCCGCGUCACGCUGCUGCUCAGGCGCGCGCGUGUGUGUGCCUGGGGGGGAGGGGGAGUGGCAGGGGGCGUGAGGGGAGGCAACUGGCUGGAUGAGGAGGAUGGCGACGAGGAGGCGGCCACCCGGCCGGCCACAAAGGUGGAGGUGGAUCUGGGGCUGAGCGCCCACGCCAACGCGCGCACAUAUUACGACAGCCGCCGCAAGCACCAGGCGCGUGGGGCCGGGGUGAAGCAGCAGAAGACUUUGGACGCCAACCAGAAGGCGCUCAAGGCGGCGGAGAAGAAAGCGCAGCAGCAGCUGAAGCAGGUGCGCAGCGCGGCUGCUGCCCCCGCCAUCACCCGCAAGCCCUUUUGGUUUGAGAAGUUCUUUUGGUUCAUCUCCUCCGAGAACUACCUGGUGCUGAGCGGGAGGGACGCGCAGCAGAACGAGCUGCUGGUGAAGCGCUACCUGCGGCGUGGCGAUGCGUACGUGCAUGCCGACCUGCACGGCGCCUCCUCCACCAUCGUGCGCAACAGCGACCCGGGGGCGCCCAUCCCGCCCCUCACGCUGUCGCAGGCGGGCCAGGCGUGCGUGUGCCGCAGCCAGGCCUGGGACGCCAAGAUUGUGACCAGCGCGUGGUGGGUGCACCCGGAGCAGGUCAGCAAGACCGCCCCCAGCGGCGAGUACCUGCCGCUGGUCAUGGGUUACGGCUACAUGUUUGGGCUGGCUGAGGAAAGCAUCCCGGCGCACAUGGGCGAGCGCGCGCCGCGGCUGCGGCCGGACGACGCCUCCGCAGCCGGCGCCGCAGAGGAAAAGGAGGCGGGCAGCAGCGGCGGCGAGGAUGGCGAGGAGGAGGAGGGGGAGGAGGAGGAGCAGCCGGGAGGCAGCGCCGGCGCGGCUGCUCCCAGCGCGCUGGAAGCUUUCCUGGAUGCCUCUGCCGACAGCCUGGCGGGAGGCGGCGCCGCCGGCUCCGCACCCUCGGUGCGGCGAGGCAGCAGCACCGGCAGCGGCACGGCGGCGGCGGCGGCGACGGAUGCAAUGGCCGCCUCGUUUGAGCGGUACGGCCUGUCCGACACGCUCGCGGCAGGAGGGGCGGCAGCGGCGGCGGCAGCGGGCGAGGAGGCGCAGGAGGGGGGCGAGGGCGCGGGUGCGGCAGCGGGCGGCGAGGGCUCACGGCGCCACCUGUCGGCCAAAGAGCGGCAGCUGCUCAAGAAGCAGCAGCAGGGCAAGCCUGCGCAGCCGCCGCAGCCGCCGCAGGCAGGCGGCGGAGCCGGGAAGAAAGCAGCAGCGCAGCAGGACAAGGGCAGCGGUGCAGGCCAGCAGGCGGCGGCGGAAUCGGCGGCGGCCAAGGCUCGCGGCGGCAGCGGCGGCGGCGGCGGCAAGGGCAAGCGCGGCGGGCGGGACAAGUAUGCGGAUCAGGAUGAGCAGGACCGGCAGCUGGCCAUGCAGCUGCUGCAGUCGGCAGGCCAGAAGAAGGACCGCAAGCAGCGCAAGGAUGAGCGCAAGCAGCGGGAAAUCACGGCUGAGGACAUUGCCAAGCUGACCGCCAGGCCCGAGGCAGCGGCAGGCAGCGGCGGGGAGGAGGAGGGGGAGGAGGAGGAGCACGAGGAGGGCGGCGAGCAGUCGGAUGCGGCGGCAGGCAGCGGCAGCGGCGAGGGCGCGCAGGAGGAGCGGCGGCAGGAGGAGGAAGAGGGAGGGGCGGGGGAUGGGGCAGCGCGGGAGCCGGGCCCUGCGGCGCCUGCUGGCGGCGGCGAGGGCGGCGGCGAGGACGAGGCGGCAGCAGAGGGCUCCGCCGAUGAUGCUGCAGCAGCGGCGGAGGCAGGCGGGGGGGAUGAUGCCGCUGAGGUGGCGGCGCUGCUCAAGGAGGAGAAGCUGGAGGCGCUGGGGGAGGAGGAGCGGGACAAGCUGACGCAGCUGGACCAGCUGACGGGGGUGCCGCGCGGCGAGGACAUCCUGCUCUUUGCGGUGCCCGUGUGCGCACCCUACCAGGUGCUGGCGUCUUUCAAGUUCAAGGUAAAAAUCAUCCCGGGAACGCUGAAGAAGGGCAAGGCGGCGCGGCAGGCCGCCGAGCUACUGCUCAAGGGCGGCGAGGCCAGCCAGCGGGAGCGAGAUCUUCUGCGCGCGGUGCCGGAGCAGGAGGCCAUCAGCUGCCUGUGCGGCAAGGGGGUCAGGAUACAGAGCGCGGGGCUGCUCAAGCUCAAGCAGGCGCAGAAGAAGAGUCGCAAGUAGGGACGACGCGAGAUCCUCGGCGCUGGGGAGCUGGGUUCCUUGCCUCCUGCUUCCAAUGCUACGCGUGGUGCUCCAGUUGUGUGUGUUGCUGCCUUGGCGUGGCACCGCGAGUGUUACACCGCAUGCAUGC